GUUGGUUUUGCUGAUACAGCCUAACACGGCUACCACUCUGAAACCUGUCAGAACACAUGUAGAUACUAUCACAGGCUUCUGCUGAUAUCGUGAGACUUGGCCCUUGGCUGAUCUCUGGUGGAAUCUACUGACCUGAUACAUGAGAACAUUGAAAUUUCCCGACUGGAUCAUACCAAAGAUCCAUCUAGUUCCCAUAUCCUGGCUUUGACAGUGGCCAGUGGUAUAUGCUUUGGGUGGAGGUGCCAGGUGUCAAUUGAAACCAUUUUCCUGAGAUAAGCAAAUUUCUGCAGGCCUGUUCUCCCAUGGUCAGCGAAGGUUACUACAGGAUUCAGAGUAUUAGAGGAGAAGUAAAGAAUUCCGUAGUCAUGGAAGAAUAUGCCUAAAUGAGAUCACAAAAUCCUACAAGAUGCAGUUUGGUGCAACAGGUGAUGCAGAAAUGAUGGAGACUUUAGAAGAAGAAAACUUCGGUGUGUCCAUCUCCUCUCCUUCAGAUGCAGAAUUUGAUGCGGUUGUUGGGUAUUUAGAAGAUAUUAUAAUGGAUGAUGAUUUCCAGUUAAUACAAAGAAGCUUUAUGGAUAAACACUACCGGGAAUUUGAAGAUACAGAAGAAAACAAGCUCAUCUACACUUCUAUUUUUAAUGAAUAUAUCUGCUUAGUAGAGAAAUACAUAGAAGAAAAACUACUUGACAGGAUUCCUGGUUUUAGUAUGGCUGCUUUCACCAUGUCAUUACAACAGCACAAAGACGAGAUGGCAGGUGAUAUAUUUGACAUGCUUCUCACAUUUACUGAUUUUCUGGCAUUCAAAGAAAUGUUCUUGGAUUACAGAGCUGAAAAAGAAGGUCGAGGUCUGGAUUUAAGCAGCGGGUUUGUAGUAACAUCUUUAAGCAAGUCCUCAAUGUCGUCUUCUCAGAACAGUUUACGACACUAGUUCACAGCUGCAGAUGAGUGCUGCUUCUUUCAUUUGGACAUUCCAAACACUACGGACAGAGGAGGAUUACAGUGGUAAUGGAAGCUGAUUGCCUCACUGCAUCUCACUAGGCCUGAUCCUCUAAACUGCUCUUGUGAAUUACUGUUAGUAUUGAGUGAUCAUAAAAGAAAAUAACUCCAGCCAUUCUAGAAUAACUGAUUUCAAUACACUGAUAAUAUAUACGCAUCGACCAAUUUGGACUCUGUACCAAGGAGUUCAGUAAAUGGGACUGUAUGUGUGUUUCCUAUUGGUUAAAAUUACAACCCAGAUAUGUCAUUCUCCAGAAAUGUAAACUUAAAGAAAAAACCCACAAGACUGGAAUAACGUGGAUGAUCAUUUAACCUUUUUUUGGGUAGGAUAGUUACAGCUCCACCACCUCUGAUUUCCCAUGCUCACAAUACCUUUCAUUUUUUGAAAAAUAACUUUUCAGUAUGCUUGGAAGGUCGUCUGUGGGGAAGAAUAAGUUGUGACAUAUGCAGAAUAUAUUUUGCACACAUUGUAGUUUGAGAAUUUCUCUCUCGGUUCUGUGGUAAUUGUUGGGGGGGCAAGGAGAGGAUCCACCAAUGGGCAGAUACCCAGUCUCACUCUGAUGAACUUGCAGAGCUCUGAUGUUCAGCUUUGCAUGUAGGCGCCAACUAAAUUAGAGAACUAACCAGGUUAAACAUGUCUGUAAAACAUAAGCUUUGCCUACAUUAGGAACUUUCUUACCUUGUUUUUCCACAGCGAUGCAGCAUGGGUGCUACCAAGGUAUAAGGUGUUAUGUAGAUCAAGCACAGGAAUUUUUACCACCACAUGAUUAACUCCCUAGAUGAUAAUGCUGAUUUAAGUGCUUGUGCCCAGGGUAUACUGGAGCUUUCACCAUUGGUAGCAGCUGUGCAGCUGCACUGAUAUUGAAAAACACAUUAGAAAUUUGCGAGUAGAGAUGUACUCAUUAACUGUCUACAAUAGACUUCUUCACGAAACCUCCCACUGUUGCACCACUGUGGAUGCUGCUACGCUAGCCAGUAGCGUCCAGGUGAGCGCUAAUGUUGACAGAGCUCAGGUCCUGGUGUUCUUAGCACCAUGUCAUCUAUCUUUUUUGAGCAGUAGGAGAAAUCCCAUUGUUGGCACCAAUGCAGCCAUACCGCUAGGAGGCUUCUUAGAAGAGCCGAGUAGACAGACCAAAGCUGUGGCAGAUCAAUGUUGUUAUAAUGUGCUAAUGUUUCGGCUAUGCCGAUGGAAAACUUGUUCAUCUCUUUACGUGUGAAAUCAUAGCUGUAUUACAGUGAAUGGGAGUUUUGCCAUUAAAUUACAAAAGGACUGGGAUUUCACCCUGAAGUUAAAACAGUUUUCUAACAUGGUUACAAAAAAAAUUCCUGUCCACACAGGCAAGCAUAAACCAUGUUUAUAUGAUAAUGUAGUCUGGCCACAAACCUUUUCAAAUUCCUCUACUUUUGUAGAGUAGACACUGACUUUCAGUAUUAUGGAACCACUGUAGUGUCUUAGCCUGUUCUAACUCUAAAAAUACAGUAGUAAAUAACUUCAUUGAGCUUAAAUUUCCAGUGUGGUGGUAUAAAUCUGCAGUUCAGCUGUUGGAGGUGUCCUAGUAUUUCUGUUAGAAACCUCCCACACAUUCACUUUUUAAAAACCUUCCCCUUCAGGGUUUUGUAACUCUUCCAAUAAACUAUUUACUGAUCUCAGAUUUGAUUUGGAAAAUCCACACCCUGAAGCAAUCUUAAAAUCACAAAAGGAAUCCUUUGUUGUUUUCACAAGCCAGUAGUUUUUACUUAAAUCUCUGUGAAUGUGCUGUAGAGAAGGAACUGCAUUAGCCCAAAUGCUGCUUUUGAAUGCUUUUUUUGAUUAAAAGUAAUUGUAUUGGCUUUCUACUUUAUUGAACACCAAACAAGCUAAACUUAAUUCUCUUUGCAAUGAAAGGCUAAAUUGAAUCACUUUUUAAUACUAUGCUAGUGUAACCUGUGGACAUUUGUUAAAGAUAUUAGUUGCAGUAUAAUAGUUUUAAAGAUAAAUUCCUAAUCCUGCAGACAGAGCCCUGUGGUGAAGCUCAAUAUAAUGAAGUUAGUGGGACUGCAUGUAGGCUUGGUGUCUGCCCACAUAGAUCCAAUUGCAGGAUCAGAGUGUAAAGAUGUCAGGGCAGAGCAUCAUCUGGUGUAAAUUGUCAUAGCUCCAUUGAUAACAAUGACAGCUUACACCAGCAUAUGCUCUGCCCUCAAAAGAUGUCUGCGUUUCCCAUUUUGUUACAAGUUGUUGCCUACCAUCUCUGCCAUAAAGAUCAGUGUUUCCCAGGGGUACAUAAUCCACCACUCAAGACCGCACAGGUACUUUGAGAAGAGAUGAGAGAGGUUCUGUUAGGUUAAAUGUUUGGUCCAGGCUGAAUGCAGUUCUCCCAGCUAUCCUAAAAAUCUAUUGGACCAACUGCUGGGAAAGCUUAUACAGUCUCUAAAGAAAAUACCUAUGGUCUAAAGACAGUGCUUGUAGAAGAUUUGAAUCGGACUAUUUUUUUCAUUUCAGUGUAUGGGCUAGAAUUUUUUUGUCAGUAUCAUCUUUUUACACGUGUAUUGUAUUGAAAUUGUUUUUGUAUUGGGAGUAGAUUUUGUCAAAUUUUAAAAGAAUCAUACUGAAACAUUUUUAACAAUUCAUUGUUCAGUGUUGAAUUGAAAUUGAUUAAAGUUACAAAUGUGAAUGCUCUUGAAGUUGAACUGGGGAUGAGGGGGAAAAGUAUUUAUUCCUUUAUUGUUACCACUGCUCAGAUUAUUCAUCAUUUGCAAUGAUGGAAAUGAGCAUCUCAAAAUAAUUCUCCAAAUAUAGUGAUUUUAUAGCUCGGUAACUUGUAAUGUCAGAGCCUAUAAGGUACAGCUUAGGGUAGUUAUCUGGAUGUGGAAUUUUAUAGUGUUCACUGUAUGCCAGAGUAGCUAAAUUCACUGUCUGUAACACAACUUGUGUGGGCUUCCUUUCCCUCCUCCUUUCUGGUAUAUCUGUACUGUGAACUUUACACUCGAAUCUUGCCCAAUCCAUUUUUCAGCUAGCCUUUGUAAUUAGUGCAUUGUGUAAAAGGGCAAUAGAAAACUAACUAGUGUUUAUAUUUGCAGUUUUGCUGGUUUAGUUGUAUGCAGAGAACUAUGGUUGUGGUCAUGAGAGCUGAUUAGUCUAUACGUAUUACAUGUGUGCGAGGUAUAAAUCUGUUGAUUUAAACAGUCUUCAUGUGUUACUCAUCAUAUAUAAAUGCUGAGCUAGACCUAUGUUAAAGUUUAGCAUGUUUGUGAUCCAAGCCUUUUUUAUAGUUCAGCUGUUAAAUUCCCAAUCCUGUUGUCACGUAUUUUAAGGGGAAAACCCCACAGACUUCAGUGGGGGCACCACUGGGAUCUAAUACUUUUUAUUUUUACUCCCUGUUCCCAUGAGUACAAUUUCUGCAAGUGUGUGCCCAUUUCUGCCCUGCAUGUUUCCUACACUCUAGUAUCUUCAUUAUUGUCCAUCUCUACAACAUGCAUGUAACUAGACUUUCUGAUUUUAUCUAGCAUGCAGAGCUUUUUAAAAACAAAUUAAAUUUUUACAUACAAAUGCAA